AUGGCGUUCUUUCUUCGGCGUCCUUUCGCCGUCUCCUCGGCGCUUCGCCAAGCUCCCAAGCUUUCCAACACUACUCGCUUUAUCCACAACUCGCCGUUGAAGCCCACACAAGCACCUAAGCCUCAGCCUACCGCGUCAUCGGUCUUCUCGAAGUCCCGCCAGACCUUCCAGAAUGCCUUCCGUCGCACUUACAUGCAGCAGUCCUACAAUGCCAACACUGGCAGCAUGGGCCAAAAGCUGAUGUAUGGUGCUGCUAUAGUCGGUGGUACUGUGUUGGCUACCAACUUUGUCUUCAACCGUGAAACCCGCGAAGAUGGCGGCAUGCCCCAUUUUGAACGGAGCUACUUGAACGAAACUUUCAUGCACACUGGUCUUGGUCUCGGUAUUAUCGCUAUUGCUGCUCGCGCUCUGCACACCACUGGUUGGUCAUACCGUCUCAUGGCCAUGAACCCAUGGGCUGUCCUUGGUGUUGGUCUGGUUGGCAGCAUUGGCUCGAUGUACGGCACUUUCUACACUUCCCCGGAUAACUACGUCAUGAAGUACGGCUUCUGGACCCUUUUCAACCUCACCCAGGCUGCUCUCCUCUCUCCUCUGAUGUUCUAUAACCCUGCUCUGCUCGCUCGUGCUGGUAUCUACACCGUCGGUUUGAUGGGCUCAAUUGCCUUUGUUGGAGCUACUGCCAAGCAGGAGAAGUACCUGUACCUCGGUGGUCCUCUCCUUGCCGGUGUCGUCCUUGUCGCUAUCUCUGGACUUGCCCCCAUGGUUCUCCCCGCCACUGCCGCCCGUACCCUGAUGUGGUCUGAACGCAUCUGGCUGUACGGUGGACUGGCUGUCUUCGGUGGCUUCACCCUCUACGAUGUCCAGAAGGUCCUGCACCACGCCCGUCUGGCUGAGCGUGGCUACAUGAAGCGUGAUGUUGUCAACGAGAGUGUCAACCUCGAACUCGACUUCAUUAACAUCUUUGUUCGCAUGGUCCAGAUUCUGAGCAUGCGCAACAACAGCCGGAAAUAA